GCGAUCGAACAUCACAUCUGCGGCCGUCUGGUCGGAUUGACUGCUUUUUUCAACCUCAAUCUCUUCCGGCUCGGGACUCACUCUGUCAAAUCUACGGACUCGGAUCUCAUCAAUCACCCACACAAAAAUGCCGCCUCCGCUCUCGCGGCCGUCAAUAAGCGGCCUCCAAGCCGCCCUUUCCUCAUGUCGAAUCUCGACGACCACAACCAAGACCAGGACAUCAACAACAACCUCGGCCUCCUGCGCCUCCUCAACCUCGCCAUGGCGAGCAUCAUUUAGCACCACCUCCACGCCCUUUGCUGCCUCCAGCGGCGUUACCCGCGUGCCUCCACAGUCGCCCAAAUACAUCCAGCUACCCGAACCACCGCAGUCAUCCGAGUCGAAACCCCCCCGCGUCCGUGGCCACCUGCCCGUGCCGCGCAAGAUCUUCCGCGCAAGCGACGGGCACCUCAAAGUCCAAUCCGGCUACGUCGAGCGCAUCAUGCCUUUGUCAGCCGCCGAAAAGGCCGGGGCCCCGCCAAAAUCCGAGCAGGAAGAACGCCGCCGGCGUAUGGCUGCCGCGCGGCGCAGCGCGUUAGCCGCUGGUCUCCAGGGGCUCUACGUGCGCAAGGUCGCCCGGGAGCGACGCCUCGCGCGGCGCGCGGCAGCCCAUCGUGAAGCCAACCUAGCCGCCGCGACCGCGCCGGAGCGAAUCGACGAUGUUCUCACCCGGCCCAGUGUCCGGCUGGCGACCGCUGAGCAAGUCGCUGUCCAAUUGGAUCCGGACCGAUUCAUCAAAGCCGACCAGGCGCGCAAAAAGCACGCGGCCAAGCUCGCAAGGGAAGCUGAGGCGCGGGGCGACGCGCUCGCGCAGCUGUACGUCGCGGCCAAGGACUUCAUUGUCGACGAGGCUGAGCUGGAGCAGCGCAUCGAGACGCUGUUCACGGCCGAUUACCACCGCCACGGCGGGCUGAACAAGGGCAUCAGCAUCUGGGACGUUCACCAUGCCCCCAUCAGCGUCAACGAGCUGCGGGCUGAGCUGAUGGGCCAGUCGUCGGAGAAGAUACUUGAUCGUCACAAGGCGCCGUCGACGAGGACGGCUGAGCGGCAAAAGACGGUGGCCGAGGAACUCACUGGUGGAAAGCUGGUAUGAGCCGAAACUGCCAUUGGGUAGUUGGGUUUUGCUUCCAUUGGGGGGAUAGGAGGUUGCGAAAAGAUGUUGGCUUCUUUGCCUAACAAGUCGACGCGUGUCACAGCAUGUACAAAUAGAAUUAUCGCCGGCGAGGCUUUUCCGCAUAUUUACAUGAGAACUUGCAUGUGUGACUGAUUGCACAUGGAAUUUGUAUAACUAGCAUAUAUAUGUUUGUUAUAUGAAAGGAGUACAAUUGAAAAUGCGUGCGCCGACAACGCCGAAAUCCAUCACGUCACCCUCGCUGUCCUCUCUGAAACCCAUGUUGCUUGCUACCCAGAGCCAACGAAACACGGUCUACCUCCCGUAAAACGAGACUCAACGCUUGAAUACUGUCCGAACUCUAUCCGACUAAAUCAGGG